UGCCGAGAUAUAUCAAUUAGAACGAUACACAUGGACCUAGAAGGCCGGGCCCAGGACUUGCUCUCGCGCGUGGAGCUCGUCGGACUACAAACGGGCGUCAACGCGUUCGACUUGUACAGCAAAGACGUGCGCGAGGUGUUCAGGGCGUUCAGCGCUGGGCUAGCGAACGCGCUCCUGGCCACGCUCGGACCCCAUGAGCUAUGCGACGCGGCGCAACUGUCUGUGGCCGUGCAGGCGGUGCGUGCGGCCACGGCCUCGCAGCGUGAUGCCCAGAUGAACAAACUGGACGCCGCGCUGGCGGGGCUACUGCGGGUCGUGAACGGCAGCGCCGGCCAGCCCCAGGCCCAGGGCCAGUUGGCGGCACCCGGCAAGGAGCGUGUGGAGGUGCUGGAGCAGCUGGUGAGCGCACUCCAAGCGGCACGCCUGUUGGCGCUCUCGAAGGCUGAGGCGCCAAAGGCAGAGCCUGCAGGGGCGGCGGCGGCGGCGGCUGGGGAGGCGGCGGCGGCGGCUGCUAAACCCGAUCCGCAGGAGCCGCACAAGCCGCAACCUAGCGCGGCACCGGCGCCGGCACAACCAGCGGCGGCAGGGCCGGAGGCAGUGGCGGCAGGCAAGCAUCUGAAGGCGCAUGCGGCGGAGGUGUCGCGGGCGCUGCGGCUGGCUGCUGAGGCGCUGAAGGUAUCGCGACCGACGGGCCAGGAUCAGGGCGGGACCGGUGCUGCAGCCGUCGCCUCCACGUCCGGACGGCCCGGGGGCGGCGGCGCUUCCGCGCUGUUGCUGCUACAGCAGCUGGUCCCGCGGGCGGAGGCGGCGGUGGCGUCUGUGGGACCCGCCUUCCUGCAGCCCAUCUGUCGGCGGGAGGACUACACGCCGCAGCAGCUGGCGGUUCUGGGCGAGAUGCAGGCGGCUCUGGCGCAGGAGUACGCGCUGCGGCGGUCGGUGCUCAUUGAGCGAGCCAAGGUCACGUUGCAGUCGUUCGAGUGGUCUCCGCGCCUGGAAGAGAAGGGCACGGCGCAAGAGGCCGCUGGUGUGGCGGCGGCGGCGCGGCGAGCCAUGGCCACCCAACCUCAGGUGGCGCUGGAGGAGGUGUGGUGCCUGCGGCCAGCCGACGUGGUGGCGCUCACGGCUGUGCCCACCUCCACCGCGGUGGCGGCGCUGGACGGACCCGCAGCCGCAGCAGCAGCAGCUGCAGCAGGCGCCGGGGCAGGUGCGGGCGCGGGCCGCAAGCGCUCGUCGCCCAUUGGCGCGGGCAUCAAGGGCAUCAUCAUCGGCAAGGUGCCGGACCGCGGCGGCAGGCCCGAAGGCAGGGCGCGUGAGGCCUACAUGCCCGAGUUCCGGCCACGGUCAGCUGCGGCGGGCGGCGGCGGAGGUGGUGGUGGUGGAGGUGGAGGUGGAGGUGGGGGCGGCCGUGGUGGUGGCGGGCACAGGGGUGGAGGAGGUGGCGGUGGUGGUGGUAAUGGUGGGGGAUGCGAUCGGGGAGGGCGGCCGCAGAGCGCACGAGAUGGCGGUGGUGGUGGAGGUGGAGGAGGGGGCGGAGCUGUGGAGCACGUGCCGCCGGGUGGGGUGGAGCGAGUGCAGGGCGGCUGGCAGGGCCCCGGAGGUGGGGGUUCGCGACACGCGGCGCUCGCUCUGGGUCUGGCGCUGCUGCUGGCGCUUGCGGGCGCCGCGGCCAGCAGCAAACACGCCGAGCCGCAGUCGGUGAAUCCGGAGCACCCGCAGGAGGUGACGCUCAAGACGCCGGCGGUGGAGGUGGGCGAGGAGCAGCUGGCGGGGCCGGAGGGCGCCGCGCACCCGGGCGGCUGGGGGCUGGGCCAGCGGAUCAAGGAGGCGGUGGGCUCGGUGCUGGGCGGGGGCCACCAGGCCGCUGACCACCUGACCGCCUCCGCCACCGAGGCCGCGCCCACCAGCCAUGACGCCCAGACCGCAAAGAACGCAGCAAUGGAGGCCGCCGAGCGCACCCGCGCCGCCGCCGGCGCCGCCGCCGCCGCCACCAGCGACGCCGCCACCCGGGCCGCCGACGCGGCGGGCGCCGCAGGCGACCAGGCGCGGCAGCGCGCCGGCGGCGCCGCAGGCGCCGUCAAGGAUGCCGUCACGGGCGCCGCCGCCAGUGUUGCAGACAGCGUCAAGGGCGCCGCCAGCGCGGCGGCGGCGAAGGUGGCGGGCGCGGCGACGGCGGCCAAGGACGCGGUGGCAGGUGCCGCCGGCCGCACCCAGGAGGCCGCGGCGGGGGCGGCGCACAAGGCGGGUGAGGGCGUGAAGGGCGCCGGCGGCGCGGCGGCGGAGAAGGCAGCGGGCGCGGCGACGGCGGUCAAGGACGCGGUGGCAGGUGCCGCCGGCCGCACCCAGGAGGCCGCGGCGGGGGCGGCGCACAAGGCGGGUGAGGGCGUGAAAGGCGCGGCCAGCGCGGUCCGGGACAGCGCGGGCGAUGCGGCGCGCUCGGCACAGGCGACGGCGCAGGGUUCCGCGGAGACGGUGGCAGACACCGCGACGGGCGUGGCUGACAAGGUGGCUUCGGGCAUCAAGUCCGCGGCCGAAUCUGCGUACAACGCCGCGCGAAGCGUCGUGACCGGCACACGGAGCGCUGUCGACACUGCCCGCGUGGAGGCGGCCGCCCACGCCGAGCAGGCGGAGCAGCAGGCGCGCCACGCCGCCCACACUGCCGGCGAGAAGGCGACCAUAACUCUGCAAGAUGUCCGCCAGGCCACUCAGGACGCGUACGCCCAGGCCACAGAGGCCAUGAAGGCGGCGAAGGACAAGGUGGUCCCCAGUGGCGACACCGGCAGCCACACCGGCACGACGCAUGCGCCGCGGGCCGGCGAGCCUCAGGGCAACAUCGAGCUGUGAGCGGUGCUGCCGGGUGGUGGGAGGUUAGGCUCACAUGACCAUGGGACUCUUAUAGAUGGAUGAGGAGGUGUAGGACGAAGGCAGGGCAGAUGCGAUGCAUUUGGUGCGGGGAACCGGCGUGCAGGCUCUCUGGAGCGGCUUACAAUGUUGGAAUGAUGUUGAUGGAAGCUAUCAGCGGUCAAGUGUGGACUGGACGCUGAUGACGGCAGUAGUAGGCAGUUGCCGUUGAGAGCCUCAAAGUUUGCGGUUUAGCGGAGGGCCCUGGCGGCUACACCUAUCGGAAGUAUUGAUGGUGCCGGAAUGCAAGCUCUGCCCCUCAUGCAAGGCCCACGAUUGCCUACCACUCGUCCAUGGUUGUUCCAACUCGUGAAAACCAGGGCUGGCUGGGGAUGUGGGUGUACCAUACAAACGGACGUUCCGAGUUCGAAAGCGUGUAAAGGUUGUUCAUA